AUGUCUGAAGCCAUGACCUCUCAGUUGACACAGCAGUCUCUCAGGGCGUCCUGCGAUCGUUGUCGUGCCAAAAAAGUUUGCUGCACCAUCUAUCGUGCGGGGAAAUCUCGGUCAGAAGUCCAAAAGUGUGUGCGAUGUGUCCGAGCCAAGGUGGAAUGUGUCUUCAGUCGCCGAGCACAAACAAGGAAAACUACCCAUGCUCGAGCAGUUGGUGGAGGUAUCUCCCAGCGUCAACAAUCAUGCAAGUCAGAUGCAGGUACAUCAACAGAGGCGUCAUUGCCGAGUUCGUCGGACUCGAUCGCCAUGGACAUUUCUUCGCUGAGCUCAGCGGGGGACCAGUGCGCUCUAAUGCUGGGCUCGAGCGAUCAGGUACUCCAUGGUGACAUCGAUCCCUUCUUUACCGAUGAUGGCUUCACAAAUCUCUUGGAUAUAUCAUCUUUUCACCCCAUUCCCGAAAAUGGAGACAAGGGCCCCGCCUUCCUGCAUUUAUUUUCCGAGCCAUACAGCCCGUGCAAGAAUACGCCAUCAACCACAAGUGCCCAGGAUAGCGCCUCCAGUUUCGUACAUCUAUCAAGCCUGGUAGCGGAGAUCCACGAGGCGGUAGUUCUGUUGAGUGGGGACUCGUAUAAUCCAAGCCUUGAAGCUAGCGAAGAUAAUCUCGACACCUAUGCGAUUAGUCCAAUCUUGAAUUUAACACGGAGAUUCACAGCGGUUCUACGUCGAUCUCAGAGCCCUCGCGUUUGCCAUGCCGCGCAACCUCCAUUCCAAUCAACCUCUGCUACCUCUUCCUCCGCCUCGUUCUUCCCGGCGACCCCAAUCAGUGCGGACGGCCCCAAUUCAAACAGGCCCCCCACUACCCUGCAGGAUUGUCUCGAUCAGAGCCCAAUAACGCCGGAUAUACCCGACGUAGCGACCAAUCUGCUAGUGCUGACCUGCUACGCAUCCCUCGCUAAAUUGUACUUGACUGCGCUCUUCCAGAUGCAUCAACGCCUCAACCGAGUUCCCGACCCCGCUUCUCUUCACGCACCAUCUCGUGGACCAGGAGAAGUGGAGUCAUUUCUAGACAAGUCCUGCUCGUCAUUAUAUGAGACUUACAGCACGAUGUUCACUGCCGUGCAAAUCCUUCUCGAUGAGUUCCAACUUGUGGAAGAUCUUAUUGAUCCCCCCCCACUCCACUCCGAUUUGUCAAUAUCUCCGAUCAGAAUGAGAUGA